GAAACCUUAAUAUUAGUAUUGACUGCACACUUGCUCAGUCAAAAGUUCAGUGUACAAGCCCAUAUUAGAACCUGUGAUGUUGCUUACACGCUUAAGAAAGUAUAUUUAUCCUCCGCGGGAGUCCUUGAAUUUGCAGAAUAUAUUUAAGCCGUUUUAUGUUAUGUUAUCUUUAUUAGGUUUAUUUCCAUAUAGUAUUCGAUUCUUGGGCGGUAAACAGUUUUUGAUUAAACCUAAAUCGAUUUAUACUAACGCGGUCUGUGCUCUUUCAUUAAUGCUGUCCAUGACUUUGUUCUUGAUUUUUCACAUCGACCAUAUUAUCUAUAAAUCAACUGAAGACAAUUCUUUGACUGAAGGCUUCAUGACCCAAGUGAACUAUAUAAUCGAGAUGUUAAAUUUGGAGAUAUUUUGUGUCGUUUAUUAUUUUUCUUCGUUUCUCAACAGAAAUAAGUUUGUCAAGGUGCUGAACACAGUGGCUGUAUGGUCGGACCGUAUCUCCAUCUCCGGUAUCAAAACUCUAAGUUUCCUACGUCUAAAAAUUCAUUUCUCUAUUGGAAUCCUAAUGUUCUUGUUAAUAAGUCAAGUAUGUGUCAACUUUACCCGUGUUGAUAGCCUCUGGAAGAAAGUAUUGGUUAUGUUUACCUUCAAUAUUCCUCAAAUGAUACAAUUUACAGCCAUAUUAUUUUAUUACAUACUUGUUAAUAUGGUAAUUACGUUGUUAGUAAUUAUCCAGGAAAAUAUUUCAAUAAGCACGAGAGAUACAAAAACAAGUUCUUUCAUAAGAGUGGAACAUAGAAUGCCGUUAUCGUUGAAACAACUGGAAUUGAUUUACAUAAAGGCUUUUGAACUGAAAAGAGAUAUCAAUAAAGCUUUUGAAGCUCCAAUAUUGUUGACUACAAUGCAAUGUUUUCACUCAAUAGUAAGCGAAUCACAUAUCAUCUACCAUGGUGCGGUAAUGGAGCCACACAUGGUACUACAUUCAAUAAUGAAUUGCUCUGUUUGGAUACUAUAUCAGCUAUUCAAAUUAUAUAUAUUAGCUUCAACAGGUCAUUUGCUACAGGAGAAGAACCUUAAGAUUGGCCAAAUGCUACAUAGUAUACGAAAAGACAAAAACGACUUUCAAUUGUUAUUAGAGAUACAACAUUUUUCAAAUCUAAUACACUUCCAUGGAAAAGGAUUAACCGUGUAUGGAUUAUUCCCAUUGGAUGGCACCUUAAUGUUCAAAGUCGUUGCUUCAGCUGCGAUGUACCUUAUUAUUUUAGUUCAGUUUGAUAAAAGAAAUUAAUGUACUAAAUUUUUUUUUGUAACUUAAAUUAAGUAAUGUCUUAUUAAUAUUACGCAUAUAUAUUAUGCAUCAAGAAAAUAAAUAAUUAUUUGAGCUACACAA